UGUCCCGGAUGAGGCGCAGGCGUAGAGCGUCGGUUUGUCAGUGUGGGCUCGUCCAGCGCUUCAGACGCGUUUCUCCCUCGUUUCUUCUCGUUUAUUAUCAGUGUUUUUCUAUUGUUUCUCGUUAUCGGAAUCAUGAGACUGCUGCAGAAGCUGCUGCUGCUGCUCUUGCUGGCGUUUCCCGCGACGCUGCUGCUGAAGGGGACGGUCGUUUCUGCCCAGGACGCCACCGAGGAAGAGGAGGCUGUGGAUGAAGAUGCUGCUGAUGAUGUGAUGGCUGAGGAUGAGGAUGAUGAAGCUGAGGUGGAGGACGAUGAUAACACAGAGCUAACGGAAGAAAAGGAGGAAGAGGAGGAAGAAGCUCUGGUGGGGGAGAUGAAGGCUUCUCCCAACGCUGACACCACCAUCCUCUUCGACAAAGGAGAAGAUUUUCCCGCUAACAACAUCGUGAAGUUCCUGCUGGGGUUCACUAACAAGGGCUCGGAGAACUUCGUGGUGGAGUCUCUGGACGCUUCGUUCCGUUACCCGCAGGACUUCCAGUUCUACAUCCAGAACUUCACGGCUCUGCAGCUGGGCACCGUGGUUCCUCCUCAGCGCCAGGCCACCUUCGAGUACUCCUUCAUCCCCGCCGAGCCCAUGGGAGGAAGACCCUUCGGCCUCGUCAUCAACCUCAACUACAAGGACAGCAGCGGCAAUGUGUUCCAGGACGCCGUCUUCAAUCAGACCGUCACCAUCACCGAGAAAGAGGAUGGUCUGGACGGAGAAACGAUCUUUUUGUACGUGUUUCUGUCAGGUCUCGGUCUUCUCCUGGUGGUUGGUCUUCAUCAGCUUCUCGAGUCACGCAAGAGGAGACGGCCGGCGCCUAAAGUUGAGAUGGGAACCUCUAAUCACAACGAUGUGGACAUGAGCUGGAUCCCACAGGAAACACUCAACCAGAUCAUGGCGAGUCGACGAGAUAAAGCGUCUCCGAGGCGAUCUCCGCGCAAGAGGACCCAGAAGCGCUCGGCAGGAUCAGACGAGUGAGGGACGCCAUCUUCAUCUUUAUCAUCUUCGUCAUCUUCAUCUGUGUUUACAGUGAGACGGCGAGUCUGUCCAUCACUGGACGCCAGCAGAGACUGACUCUCACACACACACACACACACACACACACACACACACACACACACACACACACACACACACAGACAGAGGCCGUGGAGGUGCUCGGAGUCGGCCGCUCAAGCUUCUGUAGGUCUGCUUUAUUUUAAUUGCGAGCGUCUGGAUUCUUCUCAGGGUCACUCUUCUGAGGACUGAUGGACGUUUCUGAGCCUCUUCACUCUUCAUCACCGCUUCUUCUUCUUCUCAGUCCGUUCAUUGAUAAUGACUGCUUUUAAACGCCUCGUUUGCGGAAGGUGCCUGAUUUCGUUUCUCUUCAUGAUUUGCGACGCCGGUGUCAUGUGAUCGGGUCACGUGACUCGAGGACGCGCCGCUUCCUCCUGUUUUUGACGGUUUGCUCCUCCUCGGGACGGAGGAAGACUGUUGCUGUCUGUCUUUUUCUUGUUUUGUUUUUUUUUGAUCGAUCUAAUAAAGUGACGGUGUUGCAGUGAAAGCAGCCUCGAGCGAGUGCUGAUGUACAGAUCAAGAUCCUGGAAAAUACAAAUAAACUGAAAUGAACAAA